AAAAAAACUCAUUUUGAAACCAAAUUAGAUUUAAACGUUGCACGUUUUUCUUCGCCACUUGCAGAUUUUGCUUUAACCAUCCCUUGAGACAGCAUUACAGGUUUGCAUGCAGAUUCUGAGAGUGGUCUGACAGUUUUUUGGCUCACAUGCAUCGACCGCCCACCUGUAGGCUUUUAUGAGUGAUGGUUAUCUCUCGCUCUGACAGUGGGACUCGCACUCAUUGUGUUGCACUGGGUCUAGUUGCACUUCUCUGGAUGUGCAGUUGUGAUCUGUAACGUGGCCAGAGACGGUGUGCACAUGGCUACAGGUAAAAUUUCGUAUCCUUCGGUGUUUGUGGUGGACAGCCCCACGAGACCCCCUCCGCUGCCGCCCAAACCUGGCUAUAGACAGCGGCAGAAGCGGAUCCAGACGCUGCUGGUGAUCCUGGUCAUUCUGGCUCUGUGUGGAAUGACCAUUGAGGCUUGCUUCAUCUACCGGCUGUACUCAACCAAAGAACAGCCUACCACUCCAAAUGAACCUCAGACUGCCAUGAGAAAACAAGAGAAAGAAGAUGUCGCACUCGGCAAACACAAACAUCUUGGAGAAAUGAAGCCGUCAAAACCAAUGGCACAACUGACAACUGGUAAUUCAACUGUUAAUGGAGUCGUGCUGUGGAAUGAGCAUCAGGAAUCCAUCCUCCACCAAGUCAAACUCAAGCCAGCUGAGGGGAAACUCGUCAUGGAGAAAGAGGGAUAUUAUUCCGUCUACUCUAAGAUCCACUUCCGGGAGGAUAAAAUCACAUGCACCCACUCUGUACUGCGGACUACAGAUCGAUAUGGGGCUGAGAUUCUGCUUCUCCAGUCCUCUAGGUUUCAUCUUAAACUCCAGAGGCCGGGAAUCAUAGACAACAGCUUCCUCAGCGGCAUGUUUCAUCUCUACAAAGGAGAUGCUGUCUUUGUCAGGGUGAAAAAUUGUUCACUUGUGUUGUCCAAUGCUGCUGAGAUCUACUUUGGUGUGUUCAUGGUUUAGAUUAAAUCUGGAGUCUGACUUUUACCAAACAAUCUCAGAGGG